AUGAGCUGGUGUCUGGAAGUCUUCAGUGUCUUUCAGUGCGGUGCUCUCUUCUUGAUUAUGAGCUGUUCCGAGAACCGCGAGUUCCGGAGGCUCAGCACAGUUACAAACAGACUCCUUGAAGUAAGCAUGUCGGGUUCGGCCUCUUCGCUUUUCAGGUCAAGGCCUGCGGAUGGUGCGCAAACAGAUGCAGAAAUGCAGGAUCGGCUUGGUGCAUGGGCGAGGCAAGCUCAGCAGGGCUUCACCCAGGGGCUGCAACACGCUCGCACCAUUGACUGGGCCGAGCAGGUCCACGCAGCAAGGUCCUCGGUCUCUUCGUCCUUCGAGAAGGUGAGCUCCAGUGCAAGCGCAGCGGGCGCGACGCUGCAAGAGCGCAUGUCACAGGGCGUGGAGCGCGCGAAGUCAGUGGAUUGGUCAGCCGGGGCGGAGGCAGUGAAGUCCGGCGCCUCGCGGGGGUUGCAAAGCGUUGCCUCGACUGCGUCCUCUUCUGCCGCAAACAUCCAGGAGCGGAUCAGCGACUCAAACGUGAUCCAGAAUGCUCGGCAAGGUGCAGUUUCAGCCUUGUCCGUUGCCAGUGAGCGGGUCCAGGGCGCGGCAUCCCUGGCGAUGGAUCCUUGCAGAUUGUGGAGAUUCGUGGCGAUGUUCGCCUCUGGCCUUUUCUUGGUGCUCUUCUCACUGAACUUCUGGAACUUGCCGGCAAUGUUUGCCUUCCUGUCCAACACCGGCUCCCUAACGAUGCUGGCAUCGUUCGUCUACCUGAGUGGCUGGCGAGCAUUCCUCGAGCAGAUUUCACAGCGGCGUAAGUUGCCCUAUGCCAUUGCCUAUGUGACAGGCUUGCUUGGAACACUCUGGUUUACGUUGAUUCGACCGAGACACCUCUUGACCGCCUUCUUUGGAGUCGUGCAGCUGGUCUCGCUUCUGUAUUUCAUUUGUGCACACUUCCCUGGCGGCACUGCCACGCUUAACAUGCUCGGACGCUUUGGAGGGAGAUCUGCAAGAUCUCUCAUCGUCGGCUGA